CCUCGUCCUCGUCCUCCGCGUCCUCGUCCUCCUCCUCCGCCGGCGGCGGCUGCGGCUGCUCCUCCCCGCCGCGGACCAUGUUCGCCAAAGGCAAAGGCUCGGCGGUGCCGUCGGACGGGCAGGCUCGGGAGAAGUUGGCUUUGUACGUCUACGAGUACUUGCUGCACGUCGGAGCCCAGAAAUCUGCACAGACCUUCUUGUCGGAGAUCCGAUGGGAAAAAAACAUCACGCUAGGGGAGCCUCCCGGGUUUCUACAUUCCUGGUGGUGCGUAUUUUGGGACCUUUACUGUGCAGCUCCUGAAAGGCGAGAUACUUGUGAACAUUCAAGUGAAGCAAAAGCCUUUCAUGAUUAUAGUGCAGCUGCAGCCCCGAGUCCAGUCCUUGGAAACAUUCCUCCUAACGAUGGCAUGCCAGGGGGUCCCAUCCCUCCGGGUUUCUUUCAGGGACCACCUGGUUCUCAGCCCUCGCCACACGCACAGCCUCCACCUCACAAUCCUAACAGCAUGAUGGGACCCCACAGUCAGCCUUUCAUGUCACCACGAUAUGCAGGAGGUCCCCGACCCCCCAUCAGAAUGGGAAACCAGCCUCCAGGGGCUGUUCCUGGGACACAGCCAUUGCUGCCCAAUUCGAUGGAUCCGACACGACAACAAGGGCAUCCUAACAUGGGAGGACCGAUGCAGCGGAUGAAUCCUCCAAGAGGGAUGGGCCCCAUGGGUCCCGGUCCACAGACUGAUCCUUGGUUAUCAUUGCAGAACUAUGGCGGCGGAAUGAGACCUCCACCCAACUCUUUAGGCCCUGGCAUGCCUGGAAUUAACAUGGGCCCAGGUGCUGGAAGACCAUGGCCCAAUCCCAGCAGUGCUAAUUCAAUUCCAUACUCCUCUUCAUCGCCUGGUACAUAUGUGGGGCCCCCUGGUGGUGGAGGCCCUCCCGGGACACCUAUCAUGCCUAGUCCUGCAGAUUCAACAAAUUCAAGUGACAACAUCUACACAAUGAUUAAUCCAGUACCGCCUGCAGGCAGUCGAUCGAAUUUCCCAAUGGGACCUGGUUCUGACGGCCCGAUGGGAGGCAUGGGCGGGAUGGAGCCACAUCACAUGAAUGGAUCGCUAGGGUCAGGUGACAUAGAUGGACUUCCAAAAAAUUCUCCAAACAACAUAAGUGGCAUUAGCAAUCCCCCGGGCACUCCAAGAGAUGAUGGCGAACUGGGAGGCAACUUCCUCCAUUCCUUCCAAAAUGACAAUUAUUCCCCCAGCAUGACGAUGAGUGUGUGAUUUUUUUCCCCCCUCCUCCUCUCCAGGAUAAAGAGAGUCAGCUGCCAUUUGGAGGAACUAAAAGAAAUUAUGCAAGAAGAAGCUAGGUGUAUUGGCAGGGAGACGUGAGGGGGCCCAGACCCCAGUUUUAGUUUCAUGCAAUAAAAAGGCUGAACUUUUUAUUCCAUAAAACAUGAAGGACAAAACUUAAAAAUAUUUCAAGACAUGACAAGAUCCUUCUUGUGCGGAAGGGUUUAUAUAUGUACAUGACACUUUUUUUUGGAAACAAAUGGAAGCCUCUAGCACCCGACUCCAGUCUCUUUGCUUUGUUCUUUUAAGGAAAAAAAAAAAAACCCCUGUUGUAUGUUUGUGCUGUGCGACGCCAGGAAAGCUAGUCUAGAUAUGAAAUCUCAUGUUGUCUCUGUUGUAGUCAUAUUUUUUUAAAAAUAAACUGGACAGUUUACAAUUGGGGGGGGGUUGUUGGGAAGGCCUAGGGUUUGGUUUGGGUUUUUUUUUCUUUUUCUUUUUGGGUUUUUUUUCCUUCUUAUUUUUGUUUGCAGCACGACAGUUCCUCCUCCAGUAACCAGACCUGCUUGUGGAAGAGACUCCACUACUACGUAGAAAGUUGUUAAUGCAGUUGGCCCUUCAUAGGAUCACAUCCUCGAAUGAAUAGUGAUCUUACUUUCUGCAGUUACUGGCAUGCACUGUACUAGUCUUUUCCCACCCCCCUCAUGGCAUAGGAGUGCUCCUUAUGUCCAUUCCCCCCACCCCCUUGACAGUCUUUGAGUGGGGAUUUGUUUCCACCAAAAGAGAGAGGAGAAAGAAAGGGUUAAUCUGACCUGGGACUUUGAAACUGUGAUCUCAAGCUAAUGUCUUUGUUGGGUUUCCUUUUUGUUUUGUUUUUUUGGUUUGUUUGUUUUUUUUUAAUUUUUACUUUUAAUUUUGGGGGGGUUUUUUAAAGGAAAAAAAAGAUGUGAUCUUAUCAGGGUUUCACUGUAUAUGCUUUGGAACUGGAUGGAGAUACUUUUUAAGUAAUUAUUGUUGUUAAAAUGUAUACUUGCUAUUCUGUAGGCUCACUCUGUAAUAAAAAAAUAAACAAAAAUUGAAAAAAAAAAUUAAACUUUACCUUCCUUCUCAUGGUAGAGGUGACUACAGAACAGUAACAAGCGAACCAUGUAAAGUGACACUCUCCAGAACUUCGGGAUCUAUGUACAUUACACUACCCUGUAGUUGGUCUUUGUUUUAUAAAUCUCCAUUUCUGAUCCAUGUAUAUCAUAUUAUGUAAAAUAUUAUCUCCCUGGAUUUACCUUUGUGCGGAUUAUUGAAAACAUUGUAUCUUGUUUCAGUGUUUUUUCUUACCUUGUAGUCUGGUUCUAAAAUAAGAGAGGGAAAAAAGUAAUUAUUAUACAUUGUAGUUUGUGUACGAUAUUUGUUGAUAAUGUUUUAUUAAAGGGAUGUCUUUUUUCCGCA